AUGCCUGGGGUAGAAAUUGAUCGAUCUACCUUAUGGAAGAAAGCUAGACAGGACAAACAUGGUAACAUCCCGGAUCCAAAGGUGGCAGAGAAAGCAAAAUUAAUUGAUGAAUUGCAAAAACGAGUCUCGGAAGGCAGUCUCAGUGUAUCUGGCAGCAAUGAUGUGUUGACCAUGGCUUUGGGUCCCGAGCAUCCAAGGAGAGUGAGAGGGGUAGGUGCUGGGAUUUCCCCUAGGCAGUACUUCAAUUUACCCAAACAACAGAGGAUUAAGUUUGCCGAUCAUUUAAAGGAAAGUGUCAGAAUUGUCCUUCCAGAAGAGACUAAGAAGAUGGAAGCUAGGUCAAGGGAAGAGACUUUAAGGAUGGAGGCUAGAACCACGCAAUUGGGUACUAAAGUAGUUGAUUAUUCAAAUGUGGAGGUGCCAUCUUCCUUACAAUCCCUUUGUCGUUAUGUGGAAACGACACUAAAGCCUCAGGAGAAGAUCAUGACCUUCACAAUUGAGAAGGAGGUGUUUGGUGCAGAUCGCAAUACCUUUGUCUUGCAUGAAGAUAUUACACAGUUAGCAGGCAUGGAAGAAAUUGGGGCUACUGUGGUUGCAGUAUAUAUGAGGUGCUUAUAUGAUCGUUUGAGAGAAGCAAAUAUGUGUAGCAUGGUUGGCUUUAUCGACCCUGCUCAAGUUAGUGCCAACGCUGGGUCACUAACUGACAGAUCACGAAUUGUAGCCAAUCGACUUCAAAAGACAGAUGGUGAACAGAUUUUCAUGAUGCCUUACAAUCCAGGCCGUCAUUGGGUCUUGCUGAUUGUGAGAGCAAAGAGGGAAACCGUCUAUUUUCUGGAUCCUCUGCCCGGAAAUCGUGUGGUUGAUGAGGAGGGCAAAAACAUCGUGAACAGUGCUUUAAAAAUUUAUAAUUCCCACAAAGGCAGACCAGGCCGUAAAGCACCAAUUUGGAAAACUUUGCCAGGCACACCAAAGCAACCCAGCAGUGUCGAAUGCGGGUAUUAUGUGAUGCGCUUCAUGAGGGACAUCAUCAUGGAUCCUUCCUUGGAGUUUGAGAAGAAGUUUGCCAAGGGAAAAGAGCAAGCGCCAUACCCCCAAGCAGCCAUUGAUGAAGUCCAGAAUGAAUGGGUAGAGUUUGUUUGCCUUCAUAUGGAGUAG